GCUUAUACACAACAAAGUCUUCUUCUUUCUCUGAGAAGAUAUUUUCGUGGUUGUGAUCGAAAGAUACCAAAACUAAAGAGUUUCUUUUUCUUCUUCCUUCUUCUUUACUUCAACAUCUCAUAUUUUCUCUCUCUCCUUCAAUCUGAAACGAUUAAGAUCUAAAGGAGUCCUGUUUCGUUUGCUGUGUUUUACUUUGUCUUUGUUGCUGUUUACUGGAUUCUGCUUUUCUCUGUGAUUUUGUUUGUUUUGAGCUCUGAAUCUAUGGGGGAGAUUGUGGUUUUAAGUAGUGAUGAUGGUAUGGAGACGAUAAAGAACAGAGUAAAGUCAUCGGAAGUUGUUCAGUGGGAGAAGUAUUUGCCUAAAACUGUGCUUAGGGUUUUGUUAGUUGAAUCUGAUUACUCAACUCGUCAAAUCAUCACUGCCCUUCUUCGUAAAUGCUGUUACAAAGUUGUAGCUGUCUCUGAUGGUUUAGCUGCGUGGGAGGUUCUAAAGGAGAAGUCACAUAACAUUGAUCUUAUACUAACUGAGCUAGAUUUGCCAUCUAUAUCUGGUUUUGCUCUGCUUGCUUUGGUUAUGGAGCAUGAAGCUUGCAAGAACAUUCCUGUCAUAAUGAUGUCUUCGCAAGAUUCGAUAAAAAUGGUGUUGAAGUGUAUGCUCAGAGGUGCUGCUGAUUAUCUUAUUAAACCAAUGAGGAAAAACGAGUUGAAGAAUCUAUGGCAACAUGUGUGGAGACGACUUACUUUGCGUGAUGAUCCUACUGCUCAUGCUCAAAGCUUACCAGGUUCACAGCACAACCUUGAAGAUACUGAUGAAACUUGUGAAGAUUCCAGAUAUCAUUCAGAUCAAGGAAGUGGUGCUCAGGCCAUCAGCUACAAUGGUCACAAUAAGCUUAUGGAGAAUGCCAAAUCAGUGGAUGAAAGAGACGAGUUCAAGGAAUCUUUUGAUGUGACAAUGGAUUUGAUUGGUGGAAUUGACAAGCGUCCUGAUAGUAUCUAUGGAGACAACAGUCGAGAUGAGUGUGUUGGUCCUGAGCUUGGACUUUCUCUGAAAAGAUCUUGCUCUGUGAGUUUUGAGAACCAAGAUGAAAGCAAGCAUCAGAAGCUUAGCCUCUCUGAUGCAUCAGCCUUCUUAAGAUUUGAGAAUAGCAAGCCAGCAGAGAAAGCUGUCGUUGCUUUAGACGAGAGUACCUCAGGUGAGCCAAAGACACCAACCGAAUCACAUGAAAAGUUAAGAAAAGUAAGAUCUGAUCAAGGAAGCGCCACAACGAGCAGCAACCAGGAGAAUAUCGGAUCAUCAAGCGUAAGCGGACAAUGUGGACAGAACGAGUUAAGCUUCCGUAACCAAGUUCAGAAGCAACAUCUGCAAGAUUCCCCCAUACCGGUAGAAUCAAAUCGUGUGAAAGCAGAUAGCAAGGAAGUAGAGGUUGGUUCUCAAAGCACCUGCAACACCAAUGAGGGGAUUGGUGGACAAAGCAGUAGCACAGAGAAACCAAAGGAAGAAGAAAGUGUGAAACAACGUUGGAGUAGAAGCCAGAGAGAAGCUGCAUUGAUGAAGUUCCGGUUGAAGAGGAAAGACCGUUGCUUUGAUAAAAAGGUUCGAUACCAGAGCAGGAAGAAGCUAGCAGAACAACGUCCACGAGUGAAAGGCCAGUUCGUGCGAGCCGUGAAUUCAGAUGCAUCUACUAAAGCAUGAAGCUCUCUUUAAGUUUUUCUCUGAUUCCUUUUGUUGAAUUUAUAACAGAAACUUAUUUAGCUUUGCAAUCUUUAGUGUGCUUUUUUUGUUUUGUAUUUGGCUUCUUCUUCUCAGCUAAUAUGAGAUAUUGGGGCAACUUUUGUAUAUAUGUCUGCAAAUGACCAGGCUAAAGCUAAAACACAGUAAUUCCAAUUUCGUUAUGUUGAGAAAUA